AUGACACUGAAGGACCCCAAAGUUAUCAUCGUCGGUGGCAGUGUUGCCGGACUCUCUCUAGCUUUGAUGCUAGAGAGGAAUGGUAUUGAUUUUGUCGUUCUGGAAGGGUAUCCUGACAUUGCUCCUCAGGUAGGAGCAAGUAUUGGUAUUGUGCCUAAUGGUCUACGAAUUCUAGACCAAUUGGGAUGUAGUGAUCAAGUCAUUGCUGCAGCAGAGUAUCCGGUUAAAAAGGUCGAGUUUAGGAACUCAAAGGGUGAACCUUUUUGGUCCUUCAAAAAGUUUGGACAGCGUAUGGAAGAAAGACACGGAUACCCAGUUGUCUUCCUUGAUCGCUGUACUUUAAUUCAAAUUUUGUACGACAAUAUCGAGCAAAAGGACAAAGUCCUCACAUCUGAGCGGGUGGCUGCUAUUGAAAAUCACCCUUCGCAUGUUUCAGUCACCACAAAGGCUGGCAAAACAUUCACAGGGUCAAUCCUCGUGGGAGGCGAUGGGAUCCAUUCAACCGUUCGAGAGAAGAUGUGGGAAGAGGCAAAGAAGUCAGACCCAACAUGGUUCGACCCAUCUGAGAAAGAAGCAUUGCCGGUCACUUGGUCAUGCAUUUUCGGUAUCUCAGAAGGGGUGCCAAUUGAGAAAGGAACCAUGACAUCUGUUUUCAACGAGCACUUUUCUUACCUGAUUCCCAGUGGCCCUGGCGAUAAGACCUACUGGUUUUUAGUGAACAACAUUGGUAAGAAGGUAUACGGAUCUGACAUUCCACGAUUCACGAAGGAAGAAGAGCUUGCCCUUGCGAAGCAGCACUGGGAUGAUAUGAUCACCCCAACAGUACGGUUCUCGGAUCUAUACGAAAACAAGAUCAACUCAGUGUACACAACUCUGCCGGAGUAUGUUUACAAAAAGUGGUAUUACAAGAGAACCAUCACGAUCGGUGAUGCGGCUCAUAAGAUUGAGCCGUUGACUGGACAAGGUGGUAACUCAGCAAUUGAGACCGCCGCAGCUCUGACAAACAACAUUGUCGCAGCGAUGAAGUUGUGUCCAUUACAAGGACUCUCAACUGAGAAUAUCACAUCAAUUCUUGAAAAGACACAAUCUCAGCGCGCGGAACGAAUGCAGAUUCUCCUUGAUGGUGCACACAAGCGACAGCGUCUCGAAUGUAUGGAGUCCCCACUGCUAAAGCUCAUCGCUAAAUUUGUUUUCCCAAUCAUCCCAGAGAAAACUAUCCUCAAUGCGUGGGUUCCGACAUAUGCGCCGGCCACAUCGCUGAACAUGCUUCCAAUACCAAACAAGCCUCGACAAAUCCCUUACUAUGAUGAGAUACUCAGAACUCCGUCUUCGCGUGGUAAGAUUGGAUACAUGCUUUAUACUGCAUUCAUAGCCAUGGCUUGUAUUGCAUACAAGAUGUUGUUCGUUGCUGGGAAGGUGAAUGGUACAUGGGAUCUUGUUGCAAAGGCACUCCAAAAUGGCUUGAUCAAUGACUCGGCAAUCGAUAUGGAGUUGCGACAAUCCUAUACGGGAAUUCCAUCUAUUGAUAAGAUCCUCAGGACGUUGGUGACGAUUUUCAUACCAGCGAUUUCCAACAACACGAAUCCAGAGCAGCCCCUCCAGCUGCUGUACUUCCUGCUGACAGUGCUACCGCUGAUGGCCAUAUUCACUGUUGAGGGAUAUCGACAGCGCAAUCAGUGGACACUUAUCUCCAGUGCUGGAUUUUGGGGUAUUCUCUACCAGCUUCGUGGAAUUGGCUGCAUCGCACCACUCUACUUUGCAAGCAGUCUUUUCGUGUCGCGCAACAAGGCAUUCUUAAUUGAAACCGGACGAACAGUCCCAGCUGCGCAAUUCAUACUACCAGCUCUGAUAAUGGGAUACCUUGUUCCAACAAUUCUUCUAUUUCUCACAUGGGGUGAUUCAGAUACUUUACAUGCCGUGAUUGCCCUUUGGCAACCAGCGCCGUUGGUCGUUUCCAUCUUAACGACAGUACUACCCAUGGCGAGCAAAAUGAUAUUCCCAAGUGCGACACAAAAGGAGGAUUCCCCUGUGGAUACAGAGAGUGACCUCCCACAUUUACGCACGUUGUACCAAGUCACAGGAACUAUUUCAGCCUGCGCACACACAGGCUUGAUGUUUGCGGCUGCUUUAUCCAGCGAAAUAUCAUUGACCCGUCUUCUCAUCCCGACAGACUCCUUCGCGCCAGUCAAAACCCUGUCGGAGGGGGUAUUUGUUUUCUUCCAGAAUGACCUUCUCCUUGUGACAGCGUCCUGCUUUAUCUGGUGCCUGGCCAGUUUAUGGGAUCUCCAUCGAUCCGGGCUACCCUCUUUUGAUAUGCGAGUUUGUUUCCUUGGGUUGAUUGCAGCGUAUGUAAUUGUUGGACCUGGUGCUACGGUCGCAGCUGUUUGGUUCUGGCGGGAGGAAGCGAUGAGUCGCAAACGUGGUCACUUUUACAAGUGA